AUGGUCCCCGGGGAGGGGGCGGUGGGCGAGGGCACCGGUGUGGCGGGACUGCGUUUUCUCUUCCCGCCUGCUGAGCAACUUGACGGGCGGAAUCCCUUUUCGCCGUCGGCACUGGCCGACCACGCGCCGGAGUUCGCCCGGCCCUACGUUGAGCAUGGCCUGCGUGAUGGCCAUGCCUUCACCGAGCUGAUUGUCUCUUGUCGGAUCUUCUCUGGCGGCUCGCAGCUUGUCCUCCCUGGCAAUGUGGUCCUUCGCCGGCUCCCGGACAUGCCCCGCCGGGGGCCUGCGUCCUCGGCGGACACGACUCCCGGAGCCAGCGCCAGUGCCUCGGCCACCAGCAGCGCCGGCGCCAAUGACGACCCGCUGGACCUGAUCCUCCAGCGCAUCGAGGGCGUGCGCGCCGGGACGACCACCAGCUCGGCCUCCACUCCGGCCCCGCAGCCCGACGGCCCGAUGCCCACGGACCAGCUCCACUCCUCCUCGGUGUCGGCCCUGUUGCCGGAUCACAGCCUCAUCGGACGUUGGGUGGGCGACGGGUGGGUAACCUUCCCGGUCCGGGUGUGUGACUUGCCGGCCGACGCGCUGUUGUGCCUGACGCUCUAUGAUCGCCUGGAGCCCCGGCACUUGCGGGUCCUCGGUGGGACGACACUGCGCCUGUUCGAGCCGAUCCCCCUGCCCUCGGUCCUCACUCGCUUGCCGGCCGGCGAGGGGCGCUUCUCCCUGCGGGAAAUGGGGGGUUCCCCCCCGGCCGCCUCGGACGACCUGGACGGGUCGCUUCGUGGCCCGACCGGGGCCCCCAUCAUUCCGGGCAUCGCGCCGAUCGAUGAAAGCAUCGACUUUGAUGUGCUCCGCCGGCUGGGCUUUUCCGUGUCGGGCGACGGGGAGUAUACCCUGCAGCAGUUGCAGUUUACCUUCCCUCCGGGGAGCCAGGCACCACGCAACUCGGUGGCCGUGCCCCGUGCGGAUGCCGGGAAUUUUUUGCCCUCCGGCUCGCGCGUCAAUCGCCUGCUCCAGGGCCUCCGGUCGUGCGUCCUCUGGCCUGGACGCGAGGCGGACGGCUCGAUUGUUCCGGGCACUCCGCACUUUGGGCCCCGAGUGGCCAACGAGGCCGAGGAGGCCAAGCGCGCUGCCGCCCUGGCCCAGAGUCGCGGCAACCGGGGCCCCUCAUCGGCCCCGGGUGCCGGUGGCCCGGGCGCUCCGGCCGUCUCGACCGCCAUGCGUGACUCGCUGACUGCUCUGCAAACUUGCGUGUCCUUGUGCGACAUGUACGAGCGCGCGCAGGAGGGCCAGUCCUUCAGCUGGCUGAACGGUCGCUCGCGUAUGGAGCUCGAGCGCUUGAUCGCCCACCAAAUCGAAAACCUUGGUGCCAGUGUCAUUCACGUGUGCCUGCAGCGCUUCGAGCAGACAAUCCUGCACGACUCCUUUGUCGAUCUCAAGGCCUCCGUCACGGGUGACAUCAAGCCGCAGGUGAUCUUCCGGCGGGAGGAGCUGUCCGACCUGCCGCGCUUCACUGCCCAAAUGUUUGAUCCACAGAUGAAGUUCCUGGCCAUGACGGCUGCCAUGGAGGGGCCCGGCGCCGGGGCCCUCGGCCUGGCGGGCAGUUUCCCCGCAUCGGCCGGGCCCAGUGGCAUGCGGCUGCACCUUGCGUCGAAUCCCAUCCAGCAGAUGUUCAACGCUUUGAAGCAGACCAUCCGCGACCCGGACCAAAACCUGUCCUUCAUGUCGGCCGAAGCUCCGGACCCGCGUAUGCGCACGCUCCUCGAGGCUGAGUGCCGCCAGCCGGUUCAUGACCGUCGGCUACCGGAGCACCUGGAGCAGCCCCUCUGGCAGUAUCGCUUUUUCUUGGCCAAGGAGAAGAUGGGUCUGCCCACCCUGCUGUAUCACUUCGCACGGCGCAACCAGAAGCAGCGCGAGCAUCUCUUCUCCAUCCUCCAUCUGUGGGCCCCCCUCUCCUUGGUGGACUGCCUGACGUUGCUUACCAAGGAAUUUGUCAACAUGGCCCCGGCCCGGGCAUUUGCCGUGGCCCAAACGGCCACGCGUCCUGUCGAAGAGCUUCUGCUGAUUCAGCUCUCCCUGGUGGAGUCGUUGAAGUUCGAGAUCCUCCCCCCGGCUGACCUGCUGGUCGACCUGUCGGGCGAGGGGAAACACGGGCCGAUGGCCAGCCCGUCGGCCGGAACCCCGGAAGAUGUGUGGCAGGAGAAUCCGGCCGUUGUGGCGCUCCUCCAGCGAGCUGGCCCGGUGGAGCGGCUAUUUGUGAGCCGCUCGCCGGUGGUACACCUGCUGAUGACCCGAUCCCUCCGGACCCCGGCUCUCUGUCUGAGUCUCUACUGGCAGCUGCAUGUGGAAGCGGUCAUGGAAAACUCCCGCUACGCCGGGCACUUCAAGCUGCUGAAGAAUGUGUUCAUGGCUUUCCUGGAGAAUUCCUCAUACAAGGCUUCCUUCCAGACCAUCCAGCGCCAGGAGCGCCUGGUGGCCAAUGUCAUGACUUUGAUGACGGAUCUGCGUCAGAGCCGCCUCCCUCGGCAGAAACUGAUCUCCCAGCUGCCGGACUUCAUUCGCAAUCCCAAGUACAACCUGCACUCGUUCGAGCCGCUGGCCCAUCCGCUGGAUCCCACCAUCUCCGUGGUCGGUGUCGACCCGGAUGGCAGCUACAUCUUCAAGUCGGCCAAGCAACCCCUUAAGCUGACCUUCCUGCGCGAGGGCGGGGGAACAUACUGUGUCAUCUUCAAGAUGGGCGACGACAUUCGUCAGGACCAGCUGGUGAUGGCCUUCCUCCGGCUGAUGGAUCGCAUUCUCAAGCACGAAGGCAUGGACAUGGCCCUGAGCCCGUAUGGCGUUCUAGCCACCAGCGAGAGUGAGGGCAUGAUCGAAUUUGUCGAGGGGUCACACCCUCUGUCGGCCAUUCUGGACCAAUAUGACCGGGACUUGGCUCCCGUGGCCGUGGUGCAGACCAAUGCCCGCGGCUCGGCUGCCGCCCCUCCCACUUUGGACCCGGUCACUCGCGAGAUUUACCUCCGGAGUUGUGCCGGCUACUCCAUCAUCACAUACAUCCUUGGGAUUGGCGAUCGGCAUCUGGAGAACCUGAUGCUCACAGACCAGGGCCGGCUGCUGCACAUCGAUUUUGGCUUCAUCUUCGGCAAUGACCCCAAGCCCUACCCGCCGCCGAUGAAGAUUUGCCAGGAAAUGGUCGAUGCCAUGGGCGGCACCUCCGGCGAAAUGUGGUUCCGCUUCAAGGACUAUUGCAAUACCUCCUACCUGGUCUUGCGGCGCUCGAGCAGCCUCUUCCUGUCCCUCCUGCGUCUGAUGGACUUCAGCUCGCUGCCCGACAUCAGUCGGCCAAACUCGCGGCAUGUCAAGAAGCGGCUGGACCGCCAACCGAUCCAGCUAGCCGCCCCGGUCUUGCGGCCCGGGCAUUCGCUCCAGUCCUCCAAGGACAUUGUCUACAGCUCGGACGUCUUCGUGCCGUUGUCCCUCCGCAUGGUCAAUCUGGCCGUUCGGCCAGGUCGGCGCCUGCUGCCUGGCGCUGCAUGUGCCUGGACCCGGUCCUUUUCCUCUCCGCCGCCCGCUUGGGAGGGCCCGCUGGUCGAGCUGGAGCGAGUCACCGAGGUCGACUUCAUUCGGCGCGCCUUUCCCUCCGGGGAUGUUGCCGAUGUCGCGGAAGCCGCCGGUGCUGCCCUUCGCAAGGCACCGGCCUUUCAGCACCUGGUUCGGGAAAAUGACCAUGCCCUGCGCUGGACCGGGGCGCACGUCCGGCGUGUGGGGACGCUGAUGGAAAGCCUCGACCGGCAGCAAGCCAGCUUGGCCCUGCCCGGGGAGCCGCUGAAUCCGGCGUAUGUCGGGUUCGAUUACUUUGUCGAUGGGGGGGCCAUGUACCGUCGGCGAGCUGAGCCCGGCAGCUCGGGCCCCCACUCGACUGGCACCCUCGGCCAGCACACCGCCGGGCCGACGGAUGAGCUGGUUUUCCGGCCAACGGAUCUUGGUGAUGACCCAGGCCUGGUGGCCGAGGCUGCUCGAGCCCUCGAUCGAGGGGUCAUCACGGUGAGUGAAUCCCUGUGCGGCCGGUGGGCGGCGGUCCUGCUGGCCGGGCCUCCGGGCUCCGAGAGUCACUUGCUGUAUGUCACCCGGCCGGGGGCCGCGGCCGCCGGGGCUCGCCCUCAGCGCCUGUCGGCCACAGCGUCAGGCCCCUGCUGGCUGGCGACCGGCGGGAAGGGCCUCCCCGAGAGCGGUGUGCUGCUUUUCCUCGAGGCCGAUCAGACCGGCCGCCCGGCGGCCCUGCUUGCCGGGGUACCGACUCCUUCCGGCAUGCCGGCACCGGUGUCCCUAUUCACCGAGCCCGACCCGUCGAUGUUCCUCGGCCUGGGGACUCUGCCGGGCCCGGAGAUGCUGUCACUUUUGGUUCAAUCGCACGACCGAAGCGAAGUGUGGGCCGUCCGCUCGGCCGGCGAACCGGCCGCCCCGCCCCACGAGACGCUGCAAAGUGUCAGCCUGCCCGGCAUGCCCGGGGCCGCUGUGGAAUUGCUCUGCAUCCAUCCCCGCCAUCGGGGCGGGACGUGCUUUUUUGGCCAGUCCCCCGGACCUGAUGGCUCCUUCUGGCUGCUUGCCACCGGACCGGCCGAUGCGGCCUCGGCCCCGGGCCUGCGGCUCUUCCGCUCGAGCCGUGGCCCCGGCUCCGGCUGGCAUUUGGCCUACGACCCGGGCCCCGACAUGCGAACCAUCGAGUCACUUGACAUCCGCCACGGCCAUGUGGUGAUCUAUGGAAAUGGCUGCUUUGGACACUCGGUGGCAAUCCUGAACGCGGAUACCCUCACCGUCACCGAGGUCCCCCUACAGGGCCUCUUGACGCCGAAUGAGCAGCCACGCCCUGUACGCAGGAUCACCCCUCCUUUGGCUCCUUCCACCUUGGUGGACGCCCCGACCGACAUGCCAAAUCCCCACUGGCAUGAGGUCCCCUGCGUGGCCUCCGCCGGGUUGGAAGUCACUCCCGGCCUGCCAGUGGCCUACACCCCGGAUGGCCUUCCCCUGAUUGAUCCGUCAGCCGUGUACUUUUAUGUUCGCGGGCCAUGCACCUCCGCCAGUCUGGCUGAGGUCCGACUCGACCAGCCAGACGCCCGCCUGAUGCCGAGGGUCUUGGCGGCGGCUGAGGUGGACACAUCCUCCGCGGCUGCUGGAGUGGAGCCGCUCCUGCUGGGGGCCUCCGGCAUACCAGUCACCUACUUCACCGGACAGCAAGCCCAUCCGGGCCCGGCGCCGCUGCUGCUCAAGUCCUAUGGCUCCUACGGGCAGAGUGCGCGCUUGGGGCUCGGCGAUCCGGAGCGCAUCCUGCUCGGGCUUGGCUGGGAUGUGGCGGUCGUCCAUGCACGAGGAGGGGGCGAACGUGGCACCGGGUGGCACUGGAGUGGAACCGGACAAGCCGGCCGGCUUCUUCGCACGGUGGAGGACAUUCGCUUGGCGGCUCGGUGGGCACGUGGCGAGGCCGAGUCCGGGCGCUUUGUUGCGCUCGGGUCCUUCAGUGCCGGGGCUGCGGCCGCGGCCCUGGCCAUCGAGGAGCCGGGGCUCUUCGAUGCGGCGGUCCUUCGGUCGGGCUUCCUGGAUGUGGCGGCGGAUUUGGCCGCCGCCGGUGGCGGCCUGCUCGGGGCCGCCGAGCGCCGGGAGUGGGGCGACCCCAGUGACCCGGAGUUGGCCCAGCUGGCCGACCCCGUUCAUCGACUUCAACAUGGCCUCGCCGGGGCUGGGGCCUGGACCACGGCGGCCUGGGUGUCCUGCGCGUUGACCGAUCGCCGGGCCCCGGCCGCCCAUGCGGCCAAGUAUGCCGCCCUUCGACGCCGGGCCGCCGCCGCCGCCGGCGCCCCGGCUCCGCUCACCCUCCUCCGCGUGCUGGAUCUCCCAGCCGGCUCCCAUCUGGAUACCGGGCUUUUGGAGGCCGACCACCAUGGGUAUUUGGACCCCGUGCGCCAAACCAUCGAACAGGCCAGUAUGUUGAAUUUCCUGCUCGCCAUGUAUGAUGAUGCCCAGCGCCCGGGCACGGGCAGCGGGUCAUUCCUGCGGCGGUGCCGGUCUUGGCUUGGCCUCCCAUCGUCAAAAUGA